GACGUCUGUAAACUCAAAUAACCAGAGGGGCAGAUAGACUAACAACCUUAUAGGCUCUGACUGCGCAUAUCUGUUCAACACAGCAGGUUCUGCUCAGCACGGCCGGGCUCCAUCAUCACUUCUGGGGACAGGUCAGGAGGAGACGACGUCCUGAUGCUCCGUGGAUACAUUUUCCAAUAAUGCACCGUCAUGAUGGGAGAGGGGCCGGAGCUGAAGAAGGCGUCUCCCCGAUGUUUUGUGAAUGAUAUUCACGUUAUGGAUAAAUCAGCAGACUAGACAAGUGAAGCUGGGUUAAAUCACUUCCUGAUUAACCCUACCGAUCAGAAGAAGAACUGCGCGGCUGGCCAGCUGGAGGAGGAGGCUGGGAGAGAAAAACUGACACGUGGAUUACUCCUCCUCGGGCAUCAGGAAAAACAGGACUCCCUCCUCCAGCCUAGCAUUGUGGCCACAUCAGCCCUGUCCCCGUGAUUUCCGUCUCACAGGUUAUGGAAUUCAUUAGAGAAAACCCGGAACGCGACCGCGCGUUUACUUUCUACUAAGAAGGUUUGUUUUUUCCCCUGAUCGUUCACUUUUUCUGACUGAUCGACCGGAAAGAGACGAAGGAGGCUGCUGUUUCCUCGCGUUGAAUGGCAGUAAUUCAAAAAUAUGGCAAGAACUAUAGUCCAGAUUUGGUCUGUCACCAGGAAAACCACUUGCCUGACAAAAUCGGAGCCCAUGGAUAUCAUAAGAAGUGGCCUGAACUCAACUCCACCUGGUCAAGGCCAGUGGCGAGGGUAUGGACGGUGGUGCUACUGCUUGGGACAUGCCUCCUCUACUGUGCCCGUGUCGCCAUGCCCAUCUGUGCUGUCAGCAUGGCAGAGCAGUUCAACUGGAGCAAGAGGGAGUCUGGGAUGGUGCUGGGCAGCUUCUUCUGGGGCUACUGCUUCACCCAAGUGUUUGGAGGCUACGUGAGUGACAGGGUGGGAGGGGAGAAAGUUCUCUUGCUGUCUGCAGCGGCCUGGGGGUCGAUGACAGCCUUCACCCCGAUCCUGGCCCACUUCUGCUCCCAGCCCAUUCUCUCCAUGACGCUGGCUCGCUUCCUCAUGGGCCUGUUACAGGGAGUUCAUUACCCCUCUCUGGCGAGUCUGUGCUCUCAGAAGGUGGUGGAGAGCGAAAGAGGCUUCCUCAUGAGCACUGUGGGAAGUGGCUCCUAUCUGGGCACUCUGGUGAUUGGAGGGGCCGGCUCCCUCAUGUUGGAUCUGUAUGGGUGGCAGAGUGUGUUCUAUGUGUCCGGUUUGCUCUCCGUCCUCUGGGCCUACUGUAUGUGGAAAUAUCUGCUCAAAGGAGAAGGGCCUAUCAUCACGCUGGAGUCCCUGGGAAGUGGUGGGCCCCAGUCCAAACUGACCAAGAGACAUUGGCUACGGCUCCUCAAACAACCUGCUGUGUGUGCUGUGAUCGUUACACACCUUUGCACAGCGAGCACCUUCUUCACUCUCCUGUCGUGGCUGCCGACCUUCUUUAAAGACACUUUCCCAGAAGCAAAGGGUUGGGUAUUCAAUGUCAUUCCCUGGAUGGUGGCCAUCCCCUCAUCCCUCUUCAGCGGCUGCCUAUCUGACAACCUCAUCAGCCAAGGUUAUGAUACAGCCUCAGUGAGGAAGUUGAUGCAGUUUUUCUCCAUGGGUGUGUCCAGUGUUUUUACCCUUCUUCUGUGUGGCAGCACCACCUUCCCUUGGGCUGUAGCAUUUGUGUCAGCCACCAUGGGCCUCACCACCUUCAGUCACAGUGGUGUAUCUGUAAAUGUUCAAGAUCUCGCCCCUUCCUGUGCUGGAGCUCUGUUUGGUGUUAUGAAUACUUGUGGUGCUUUCUCAGGGGUCCUGAUGGUGUAUUUCUCUGGGUAUCUCAUCGAGGCCACAGGCUCAUGGGCAACUGUGUUCGCCCUCAUCACCACAGUGAACCUGCUGGGCCUCUGCACCUUUCUGGCAUUCGCUGAGGCUCGGCGGGUGGAUAUUGACUCCAGUAAGGUGCGCCACCACAACAUCCACAUCUAAACCAUCUGUCAUCAGAAGAACUCGGUAGUAUUCCCAAGGAAGAUAAAACCUCGGGCAAGGAGCUGCCCGAAAAACAUUGGGAAACAAGCUCAUGGAUGAGGUGGCACACAUAUAAAUCCUGGGUGUAACAUCUGGAAAACUUAAAUUGGCUCUGUGUCAGGAUGAGGAAUUACUGCAACAGUCUUUGAAAAGCACAAAGCAGAGCCUACACAUAGUUACUGAAAAACCCUCCAAAGCUAGAGUGUUGAAUCCUAGAAAAACACAGCUGCGUCAGAGGAUGCUCUGGCAGCUCAGCGUGAAACAGGAAAGGUAACAGGAGAGAAGAAAUGUCACACUACCUCCAGGUCCCAGCUUCUGAAGUGCAUGCUGUGGCUUGGAUACUGUUUACCUUUGUCUUAUGCUCCAGAAUGAGUCACUGAGAGUGAGAAAAGUCAUGGAAAAUUGUAAUCCAGCGCGUGUGUGUGUAUGUGCGCGUGUGUGUCUGUCGGAGGAGCUGUGCGAGUGAUUGAUGUGUUAGUCUGACAGCUGUGACACACCAAGGUGGUGUGUUCUCACCCUGCAGGGAUUGAUGGGGGGGGGGGGGGGGGGGGGGGGGUAGCGUGGCCACACUUUGGUGAUGCAGGGAGAGUCCAGCCUCUGUUAUCUGAAGCCUUUUAUUAGUACGCCCCACUCAGCCAUCACUGAGAGGACUGUGUGAGUGACAGCUCAUUACACAGCCGCUAAUUACUUUGCAGAGCACUAAUGUCCUGUACCAUUUACAUCCUAUAGUCCCUGUCACCAUGGUUACAAGCUUAUCUUAUCAUAAGAGUUUGGAGGAGGUGAUGGGGGUCAUGGGAAUGGUGUAGUGGGGGCACGGCUUUUACUGAGUGUGUUCAACCUGUUUGUUGCUGUGAAAGAUGUGUUCCAUGUAAGUAUACCAAAGGUUGCUCAUUAUUUCUUCUUUCUCUUUAUGUGAUGGCAUGUACUAUAAAAUACCUCACUUAAUUAUUUUGAGUAUAUAUUUCAGUUUUUCAGAAAAGGAAUAUAUCGUUAGACAGAAAAAAUAUAUUAGAUAAGAUGAUAAAAAAUCACAGUAAAUUAUGAAAUUAUGAUCUAGAAUAAGUAAUCCUUAAUCAUGUGUUCUUCCUUUCUGUCCACUUGUCCAAGGAGACACAUUUUAGGGGAAAUAAUUUCUCAAUCUAUUAUCUUCCAACUAUUUUGUGUUUUUAAUAUCCACUCUUUGUUAUCGCACUUGACAUCCUUGUUACGUUUAUGCUAGACAGGAAGCGAUGUCAGUAAAGGCUGUAAAGGACUUUCACUUGUAGGUGUACAGUCAGUUAUUUUGUGUGUCUCAAAUCCAUACAUGAGACUCUCCCUGACCUGAUGAAUGUUGCAUAACAGGUCAGAGGAUAUAAAAUGAUGUCAUGGGUUCAUGAGGUGAAGAACUGGAGAACAUGUUAAGAUGUGACAGCAAAGUGUGUAGCCACAUAAAGCUAGCUGCUUAGCUCCAGCUGAAUGUUCAUGUGACUGUAGGUAGAAUUUAGAGCUCUGGUGUUCACAGCACAAUUCAACACAUCGGUGAUUUCAUUUACACUCUAGAAGCUUACUUGACACGUGAACUUAAAAACUAUGCAUUUAUUAUUUUGUGCCUAAGAGUAGAAAUUCAAGCAAUAGGAGAAUCGGUGUGGUAUGUGGACUUGUUUAUCAUUGUACAUCACAUUUUGCCUUUUUCUUAGGAGUUUUGUUUUGUUCAGUUGGACUAGUGUGUUUUCAUUCACAUGCGACAAAUGCUCUGAAAAAAUAUCCUCUGGUUGUAUAUUUGUCUGCAUAGAUUUGAUUUCUGAAAUGUCAGUUAAUAUAUUGCUAUUUUCAUAGUUAUGGUCAAUGAUAACCAAAUGUAGGCAUACAAUUAUUAGGUGACUUUGAAUCUUUAGACCCUGAGAGAAGAGGUACAUUUCUACACCAUGAGAUUAUUUAUUUUCACAUAGAUCUACUGACUAUAUAGAAUCUCUGAUUUGUG